CUUAGAAGCAGCUUCAUUCUUUUUCUAAACUUCAUACGCAUAAGUUGCAACGCCCGCUCCCAGCCGAACAGAACCCCUCAGCUGACCGCAAUCGGAGCUCCGCCAGUCCACCUCCAACCUCCGCCGUCCGCGCCGCUACAAGUCUCUGUCUCCAGGACUCAACUCGCAAUUGCCAGGGAAGGAUAUUAGAAUAUUUGGAUCUUGGAAGAAAACAUCAAUGUCUGAUUUUGUUGCUGGGGAGAUGAAGGCCAAAGUUCAAGUCUUCGAUUCAGAAGAGGAAUUAAAGGGGUCUUUGGCGAAAUGCACUGCUGAUUUAUCGGAGAAAUUUUGCAGAGAGAGGGGCUCCUUCUCCGUAGUGUUCUCCGGCGGUUCCCUCAUCAAGUGUCUCGGGAAAUUGCUUGAACCUCCGUAUAUUGACUCGGUCGACUGGUCGAAGUGGCACGUAUUCUGGGCAGAUGAGCGUGUGGUUCCAAAGGACCAUCCAGAUAGCAAUUAUUUGCUCGCUUAUGAUAGUUUUCUAUCCAAGAUACCAAUUCCUGCUGGUAAUGUGUAUGCCAUAAACGAUGUCUUGUCUGCUGAAGGUGCAGCCGAUGAUUAUGAUACCUGCCUCAAGCACUUGGUCAAAACCAACAUUGUGUGUACGUCUGAGGCUAGUGGAUUUCCACAAUUCGAUCUAAUGCUUUUGGGAAUGGGUCCAGACGGGCAUGUUGCUUCUUUAUUUCCCGGUCAUCCUCUUCUCCAAGAGAAGGAGAAGUGGGCAACAUUCAUCAAGGACUCUCCAAAACCGCCUCCAGAAAGGAUCACUCUCACAUUGCCUGUAAUAAACUCUUCUGCAAACAUUGCACUUGUUGUACCCGGCGCUUCCAAGGCGGAUGCUGUGUAUUCAGCAUUGAGAGGCAGUCAGAAUGCGGUUUCAUUGCCCGUGCAAAUGGUUUUGCCCGAAGGGCAAUUGGUUUGGUUUUUGGACAAGGGAGCUGCUUCAAAGCUCUAAGCAUAUGCGAGAGCUCUCUUGGUAAGUGCGAUUGAUCAAGAGAUAAUAUCCCUUGUCUUUGCAGGAUCAGGAUGUGAACUGGGACGGGAAUGAGAAACUAUUUUGAUGCAAUAAGAUGAUUCCCUUGAAACCCAGCAUACUCCGCAAUAAACUAGUACUCCGUAAAGGUGUAAUUCUAUUUUGUUUAUCAUUCAAACAUUGUUUAUUUUUAAAAUAACGUUUCAAACUAACCUACAG